AUGUGCCAGGAGAAGAUCUCCCAGUGUGAACGGUACUGGUGGCACAGUGGGUUCAGCACACUCUCAAGCACCCAAGUGGGCAUGAGCACCUGUAGCGGGAGAGGCUGGGGUUCAGAACCCAGUGCCGCCGCUCCACUUCAGAUCGUCCUCACCUACCGGCCUCCCAAAGCAACUACCACCUUCCUGUCUGACCUGUCUGAGCUCCUCACCUCUGUCUGCUCCAGGUCUUCUUCCAUACUUCUCCUUGGAGACUUCAAUAUCCACGUUGACUCCACCAGCUGCACACUCACCUCUGAAUUUCUAUCACUACUGGACUGCUUCAACAUCACACAGCAUGUCCAAGGACCCACCCACUCCAAAGGUCACACACUGGAUCUUGUGUGCUCCACUGGUCUCACCCCAUUCAUUCCACAAUGCCUGGACCUAGCCAUCUCAGAUCACCAUGCUGUUUUCUUCUCUAGCCCCACCCCCCUCCCCAGACAGCUUACAAAACGCAACAUCACUUUCCGUAACCUCAAGUCAAUAAGCAUCCCAGCCAUCAAGAACAUGUUAGCGACCAACCUGACCACUACACACCCUAUAACCACAGUUGAUGCCCUGGCCAAUCACUACAAUACAGCACUAUCCCUCAGCCUGGAUUCUCUCGCCCCUCUGAAGACUCGCUCAGUCUCCUUUACCCACCCAGCCCCCUGGUACACUGCUGAACUCCGCUUCAUGAAGGCUUCUGGCCGACAGCUGGAGAGACUUUCUAAAAAAUCUGGCCUCACCGUCCAUCUGGAGGCCUAUAAAGAGCAUGUGCGCUCCUACAAAGAAGCUCUCUCCAGAGCAAAGUCCAGCUACUACUCAUCCCUCAUCAGUGACCAGCAAAACCAUCCCCGGAUGCUCUUCUCCACAAUAAAUCGCCUUCUCCGCCCCAUUGACAACCUUCAUCCCCCAGCCAACUUCGACCGCUGCACUAGGCACCUGCAGUUUUUCCAGGAUAAAGACACCGCUCCUCCGCCUCACUGCCGUCUUUCCUGCUUCACACCCGUGGACACUCUCCAAGUGACUGAAUGGGUCAAGAAGGCCAAGGCAUCCACCUGCUCUCUCGACCCCAUGCCCACACCACUGGUGAAAGCAUCUCUGUCUGUUCUGUGCCCCAUCAUGGUAGACAUCAUCAACACCUCAUUAUCAUCUGGAAUUGUCCCCUCAUCCUUCAAAACUGCCUCAGUAACCCCCAUCAUCAAGAAGCCUGGGUCAGACCCAGAGGACCUCCUCAACUAUCGACCGAUCUCCAACCUUCCCUUCAUCAGCAAAAUUCUCAAAAAAGCAGUCGCUGCCCAACUCCAGCAACACAUGUCCAACCAUGAGCUCCAUGAACCUCUUCAAUCAGGAUUUCACACUCACCACAGCACUGAGACCGCCCUUAUCAAAAUAACCAACGACCUCCUCACAGCUGCAGAUUCUGGACACAUCAGCCUCCUCAUCCUCCUUGACCUAACCGCUGCCUUCAACACAAUAUCCCACACCGUCCUCCUUGACCGCCUGUCUCACCAUCUUGGCAUCACUGGUACAGCUCUCUCCUGGUUUCACUCAUAUCUCUCACAAAGAAAACAGUUUGGGCUAGGCUCUGUUCUUGGACCUCUCCUUUUCACCAUCUACAUGCUUCCCCUUGGACAGAUUAUUCACAAACACGGUCUCAGCUUUCACUCUUAUGCAGAUGACACCCAACUCUAUCUCAGCACCAAACCAUCCACCCAGCUCCCUCCCCACUCCCUGGUAAACUGCCUCCACGACAUCAAAGCCUGGAUGACCUCUAACCAACUCAAACUCAACAGCAAUAAAACAGAGCUCAUGGUGGUGGCCCCCAAAGCGCUGCUGCAGAAGGUUGGAGAUCUCAUUCUCCAUGUGGACGGGACCUCCAUCUGUCCGUCCUCCGAGGUCCGAAACCUGGGCGUCAUCCUGGACUCCACCCUCUCCUUCCAGUCCCACAUAAAGUCUAUCACCAAAUCUGCCUUCUAUCAUCUCAAGAACAUCUCCAGACUCCGACCAUCACUCCCUGAUUCUGUGGCUGAAACACUCAUUCAUGCUUUCAUAACCUCCCGCCUGGACUACUGUAAUGGAGUCCUGUCUGGAGUUCCCAGCAAAACCCUGGACAGGCUUCAGUACGUCCAAAACUCUGCAGCUAGAGUUCUCACCCGCACUAGACCCUGGCAACACAUCACUCAGACCCUCAUCCACCUCCACUGGCUCCCUAUCAAGUCUCGUAUCAACUACAAAGUCCUCCUCCUCACAUACAAAUCUCUCCAUGCUCUGGCUCCCCAGUACCUUUCUGAUCUCCUCCAUCCAUACACACCAUCCCGCAACCUUCGAUCUUCAGACACCGGCCUACUUUCCAUGGUUUCCCUCCAGAUAUCUCAGUUCAUUCAGCUCAAAUCAUUCACUUCCUACCCACUACCAGUCACCACAGGUGUGCCCCAGGGCUCAGUCCUGGGGCCCCUGCUCUUCAUCAUCUACAUCCUCUCACUUGACCACAUCCUUCGAAAAUACAACAUUCAGUUUCUCUGCUACGCGGAUGACACCCAGCUCUACAUAUCCACUAAACCUGACUCCACCCCCCACCUUCCUCCCUCACCAACUGUAAAGAGUCUGGGCGUCAUCCUGGACAGUACACUCUCCUUCCCAUCACACAUCAACAACAUAACCCGGUCAGCGUACUUCCACCUCCAAAUAUCAACCACCUCCGCCCCCACCCCUCACAUCACAGCCAUUCUGGACCAUAGUUUAGUCUCCUCCCGACUCCAUUAUUGUGACUCCCUUCUGUUUGGUCUCCCCCAGAAAAUCCUCCAUGAACUUCAGCUGGUUCAGAACUCAGCAGCUCAUAUCAUUUCUAGGACACCCAUCCUGCAGCAGCUCCACUGGCUCCCCAUCACAUACCGCCUUCAAUACAUAAUCCUGCUCCACACAUACAAAGCCAUCCACAACCUCGCCCCUCCAUACCUCUCUGAUCUCUGA